CUCUCUAUACCCUGGCUUUUGGUGAAAUGUCUCUGUCACUGUCUCACUGUCUCACUGUCUCUCUCAUCUAUAUUUUGUUGAUUUUGGUGGUGUUGCUUGAAUGUGAAUCUUCUUUUCUUAUGAAAAAUUAAUUUUCUUUUGCAGACAUGUUCCUGUACAUUGUUGGUCUCAUAGUCUUGCUCUUUGUCUAUCGGUGGUUCAGAGAACUGGGAAGAGUUCCCAACAAAUCUGAGAAGUUUGUGUAUAUCACAGGCUGUGACACAGGUUUUGGGAAUCUCUUGGCCAGACACCUGGACACAAAGGGUUUCCGUGUCAUCGCAGGCUGCUACACAGAGAAGGGAGAGGAUGAGCUGAAGAAGGCCUGCUCCGACAAACUCACAGCGCUGCAUUUGGAUGUCACUGAUAAUGACAGCAUUAAAAAAACAGCCGACACCAUUAAAACCCUGGUGGGACAGAAGGGUCUGUGGGCCGUGGUCAACAAUGCUGGUAUCUCUUUCCCAACUGCUCCCAACGACUGGCUGGAUAUCGAGGACUUCAAACAAAUGAUCGAUGUCAAUCUGAUCGGGGUUGUAGCCGUUACUCUGAGUGUGUUACCGCUCAUUAAGAAAGCCAAGGGCAGAGUGGUCAACGUGGCCAGUGUGUUUGGACGGAUUAGUACCACGGGAGGGGCGUACUGCAUUACUAAGUAUGGAGUAGAAGCUUUUAAUGACAGUCUAAGGAGGAACAUGGCACCGUUUGGAGUGAAGGUUUUAUGCAUUGAACCUGGAUUCUUCAAAACACCUAUUACUGACUCCACUGUCUCUGAGAGUCAUAUGGAGAGAUUAUGGAAGAAGUUGCCUCAGGAGGUGAAGGAUGAGUACGGCAGUGACUUCAUCGACAAAGCAAAGCUGGUGAUUAAGGAGAAGAUCGAGAAGAUUGUGGAUCCAGAUCUGAUGAAGGUGGUGAGCUGUAUGGAGCAUGCUGUGGCUGCGGUCCAUCCCCGUACCAGAUAUUCUCCAGGCUGGGAUGCCAAGUUCUUCUGGCUGCCUCUCUCCUACAUGCCAACCUUCAUCUCGGAUGCUUUCGUCUUAAAAAAUGCGGUUAAACCCAAAGUUUCAGUUCUGUAAGCAUAAACAGCCACUUUGUGCCAUGCUCUUGCAGCAUACUGAGACGUGAUGUAAUACUUUAUAUUGUAAACAAAUAUAUAUAUAUAUAUAUAUAUAUCAAUUAAUACUUAGUGGACAUUUUUACAAUAUUGAAUUUAAAAAAAAGUUUUAGAAUCCAGACAUACUACAUCCGCCAUGAUGUCAUUAACAUGUGAUCUACCAGUGUCAGUUGAGUCGCUUCACUGCCAUUCAUAAAUCCUCUCCUGUGGCCUAAUGGGAUAGUAAAGUGUCCAUCAUAUGCACGCUUCAGAAUCUCUCCAGAAGUAGCAGUUCAUCUGGGUACUUUUUGCCUACUGUGACUUUGGACAUACUUUAUUUGUCACAUACUGUUUUUUGCUUGUGAAACAGUAGGGAAGUAUGCAAUUUCAGAUGCAGAAAAAAUGAAACACAAAUGUGAUGUAUAUCUAAAGUCAUUUUUGCUUCUUUGUAUGGUUGAAUUGGGUCAUCAAACGUCAGCAGCAAAGACACUGGUUAAUAAAGUGAGAUUAAAUACAUAAA